AUGGUGUGGGUGGGAUUUAUGUGUGUGAUGUUGACGGCGUUAAUGUGGUCAAGUGAAGGCCGGCCGCCGCGCACAUUCCAGGCCGGCGGACGAGAUGGGUGGAGGUUGAUACCGGAUGAUGGGUUGAAUCGCUGGGCUGAAAAAAGACGCUUCCGAGUCAAUGAUACCAUCGCAUUCGAGUACGAGAAAGGAAAGGAUUCAGUGCUGGUAGUGAGGAAAAGAGCAUACCACCAUUGCAACAAAACCAGUCCAAUUCACAACAUGACCGACGGCUUUUCAACGCUCAAGUUUACCAGAAACGGCCCUUUCUACUUCAUCAGCGGCCACGCUCAAAACUGCCUCAACGGCCAGAAACUUCGCGUCGUCGUUAUGUCUCCCAAUCACCGCCCCUCCAUUCCUCCGACGACACCGCCACCUCCUGCUUCCACUCCUCCGCCUCCGGCAGCCUCACCGCCGUCUCCCUCUCCUUCUCCUUCUCCUAACGUACCUGCACAGCCGCCGCCGCCGCCGCCCUCCGCCGGAGAAGGAUGGAUCACGGCGCCCGCUCCACAAAACAGUAGUCCCAGCCCGAGCUCGCCACUCAUAUCUUGGGGCUUAACAAUGGCGGCAGCCUUCCUCAUUUCCCUGGUUUAA